GAGAAGAAGACGAGAUGGUUUCCUGAUUAAACAGCUGAGUGAGCUGAUCAUCUCUACAGCAGAGUAUUUGGAAUGGUGCAGGCUGAUCAGGUAAAAGAGAAAAGCUGGAUUUGGUUUGGAUUUGAUCUGGAUUUAAUCUGCUUUCAAGCCUGAGGUCAGUUACACAUGAACUGGUAGGGGCUCCGUUUCAGACUGCCGGGACGGUUUGAAAUGGAUGCUAGACUGUGCUCAGUGAGGGAAGUGGCACAGAUUUCAGCUGCUCAACACUUACAGCUUACUGAAGAUGUGCACACUGAUGCUUUCGGAUUAACCAUCAUCACUGUGGAUGACCAGGAUGGAGAUUUCCUGAAAAAUCCUUUAAAACAAGAAGAGUCUGGUGAUGAAGACUUUCUCUAUUGUGGCAUUUCAGAUGAGGGCACAUUGAACUCUCCGAGCUGUGGAGGAUUCCAGAUUUUUAAAAAGGAAGAUCCUGAGGAUGAUGAAUAUCUCUACUGUGAGGAUUGUGGAUCUUUCUUCAUCAACAAGUGUGAGAUUCACGGUCCAGCUCUCUUUAUCCCUGAUACCCCUGUUCCUCUGGGAGUUCCUGACCGAGCCAGGCAAACACUUCCACCUGACCUAGUGGUCCAGGAGUCCAGUAUUUCUGAUGCAGGCCUGGGAGUGUUUAAUAUGGGAGAGACCAUUCCAGUCGGUGCACACUUCGGCCCUUAUCAGGGAGACGUAGUAGACUGUGAGGAAGCUAUGAACAGUGGCUACUCCUGGGUGAUCUACAGGGAGGGGCAGUGUGAACAGUACAUUGACGGUAGGAGAGAGAUGCAUGCUAACUGGAUGAGGUUUGUGAAUUGUUUGUGUGAUACCGCAGAGCAAAACCUUGUGGCAUCUCAGUAUCAUGGUGGAAUCUUUUAUCGUUGCUGUCGACCAAUUAGCCCAGGAGAGGAGCUGGUGGUGGGGUACACAGAAGAGUAUACCAAAAAUCUCAGCAAUGCAUUUGACUACAUCUGGAAGAAAAAGUGUUCUGCAAAUGAAAUGCAAAAUGACACAAACCAGACUAUUUACGGACAAGAAAAGGCUCAUCAGUGCUUACAGUGUGGUGAGCGAUUUACUGAGAGAAGUACUCUUGUCAAACAUAAACGAAUCCACUCCAAGGAGAAGGCAUAUCACUGCUAUGAGUGUGCAAGUAGUUUUUCCCAGCUGAGCACUCUCCAACAGCAUCAGCGCAUCCACACCGGAGAGAAACCAUAUCAGUGCUCAAACUGCGGAGACCAGUUUUCCAACCAGAGUAAUCUCCAACGACACCAACGCGUCCACACCGGAGAGAAACCGUAUAGCUGCUCAGUGUGUGGGACGAAUUUUACACAACGGAGUACUCUUCAGCGACACCAGCGCAUCCACACCGGAGAGAAACCGUAUCUGUGUUCAAACUGCGGAGACAAAUUUUCGAACCUGAGUAAUCUCCAACGACACCAGCGCGUCCACACUGGAGAGAAACCAUAUAACUGCUUGAUGUGCGGGAAGAAUUUUACCCAACGGAGUACUCUCCAGCGUCACGAGCGCAUCCACACCGGAGAGAAACCGUACCAAUGUUCUUACUGUGUGGAGCGAUUUACUCACCAGAGCCUGCUCCAGUCACACCAACGCCUUCACACUGGAGAAAAGCCAUAUCGCUGUCCGUUGUGUGGAAAAUGUUUUACCGAGAGAGGUGCCCUCAGGAAACACCAGCGGGUUCACACGGGAGAGAAGCCGUAUCACUGUCCAGAGUGCGGGAAAAACUUUACUGAGAAAUGCGCUCUCAAGAAGCACCAGCGCAUUCACACAGGAGAGAAACCAUAUUACUGCACACAGUGUGGACGAAGCUUCGCUUUUUCAAGUUCUUUUAGUACACACAAGUGCACUAACUCAGAACUGUCAGUUUGCAACACAUAGCAUUUUGUCAGUUUAUACGAAUGUUAUAUUUUGACUUCAUGUUAUUUGGACAAUUUACCUGACAAUUUUCAUCUCCUAUCACACACUACCAUUUCCUUGAUAUCUGACAUAAAGCUCCAAAAACACGAUUUGUGUUGCAACAAACAAAUUGAACGUAUUUCCUUUUACUGUGUAUUUAACCUAACUUAAGGGUGGUCAAAAACCCGUUAUAAUUCCAUUUUUUUAUGAUGCAAAUAAUGAAUGUUUUUUUUAUUCUGUAUGUUUGUCCCUAUGAAUUGUCUGUUACUGUAACCUGUAUGAUCUGUAUGUCUAAUAACCACACUGUGCAUGGAAAGUUCUUGUAUGAACUGAGUAAAAAGAAGAUCCCUUU